AUGUUCACAAGCCGGAAAGGAGACAGGGCAACGAAGAAGUACGGCCCCUUGUGCAACACAGAGCAGGAAGCGCUUUGUGGCAGCCUUGCCUUCAGGUGGAGCACGAAGUUCAGCGAGGGGGCAGUGUGUGUUGACCAGAAGCUGACGGUGGGCCAGACUCAGACUAGCACUUUCGCGGUAGGUGCGCCUCCUCCGUUUUUCGAAUGGGAUGCUCCGCGCAAAGACAAGAAGAACGCGAAGGGGAAGGUCAAGGAAGGGUACGAGGGGAAAGCGAAAGGGGUCAGGCAGUACCUGUGGGAGCGUGGGUGGUGGAAGGACGGCAUGUCAACAGGGGCGGGAGUCAGUGACGAUAUGCACGUGGAAAAGGUUCUGCAAGCCUUGCCUGACUUUAAGAAUGAGAGGACAGCCCUGCAGCACCUGGUAGAGAGUAGGGGACACAUUCUUUUGUCGUCUCCGAAGUGUCACCCGGAGGUAGCGGGGGUAGGGAUCGAGUACUCGUGGGGGUUUUCCAAGCAGAAGUUUCGGCGGAAGAUCAAUGAUGAGGUCCCGAAGCACUUGCACGACAACAUCGAAAAGUCGCUGUGCAUAGACAAGUACUUGACAAUCGGUCGGGUGCGGCGCUUUGCCCGGCGAACACGAGACUACUGCCGGGCUUACCGCGAGAUUGCGCUUCGCGGGGUAGUCAUCAGGAACAAGGAGUUCAUCGAGAAGAUGCGCAAGAUCCAAAAGGCCCACCGCAACAUUUUGGACAUGGAAACUAGUUUUCUUGGCGACCAGUAACAACGUCGGCCGGCCGAUGGCGAGGGGGGGGGGUCUCGAGUUGUGUGUGCAUGUUUUGUUUUAUGCUGUGAGAGAAGCGGGUGAUGUGUGAGCUGUGUAUUGUCGUUGUAGAUUGUAGUCGGUGGCAUGUACUUGUACAUCGGAUUUUUUUUCUGCGAGAUAAACGGGUGUGGUGGGGGUGUGUGUUAAAUGAGUCGGUUUCAAGCUGUAGUUUGCAUCAUUUUUUUCUGUAAGAUUAACCGGUGCGAGAAGUUGUGUGUGUGUGUUGAUGAGUCUGUCAGUUUGAAUGUUGUUUUUAGAUAAGCGGGUGUUUUUUAACCGCUGUCAAUCAACGAACGAAGUGUUUUUUUUUAUGUACAAAGAAACGUCAACUUUUGUGCGAUUUGUGCAAAACAUUUGUCAUGCGUUUUUGGAGCGCUUACCUUCAGAUUACAACCUCUUGCAUGUAUGUGUGUCACGUCAUUACGAUCGAUAAGCACCCACACCUACCUGUCCAACCAAAGGGGUACAGUCAGCAUCUGUGCGCCUCUUGCCAUCAGGCCGCUUUCGCGUCCCUUUUCUCGGGCUGUAAGGCCUUCAUUUUCCUACACAAUUUCCGCAUCUGCACCCAGGUAUCGAGGUCAUGACGCAAUUUGCUAUUUCCGAGCGGGUUUUUACGAAUUGGAACCUGAAAAUGUGAUAUGUGAUUAGGAGUGGUCUUACAAAUGCCCCCGAGUGAGAUGCCGUUUUUUUUUUUUUAAGCCACAAAAACCUUUAUGCUAGGAUUCUC